GGAAAUAAAGCAGAGACCACUCCCAGCUCCCAGGCAAAGGCAGCCCUAAGCCUAGAGACCAGCAAGGACACUUUCAGGGUCUGCUCUGGAGUUCAGGACAGGGAGGUGGAGAUUCCUGGGAGCUACAAGGGUAAUUAUACAGGGUGACUGGCACAGACCUAUGGAUCGUCUCUCAAAAGCUCCCCACAGGAGAGACAGCCCCUGUAAAGGGCUCCUGAUCACAGCCUCCAUCUUCAGCUGCUGGAUCCAGCCGACAUCUGCUCAAGGUGAUGCCGUCAGUGUUGUGCCAAGCCCUACCUAUGGUAAGGUGGGCAGUGAAGUCACCUUGUCCAUCCAGGGGUUCUCAAAGACGGCUUGCAGGUAUACCUGGUACAGAAAGUCAACAGAAUCCUCCAACCAGAUCAUCAGCUACCACAUCAAGACCAGCGUGCAAAAGCCAGAAAACAGCCGGGAGAUGAUAUUCCCCAACGGCUCUCUGCUCAUUCCCAACCUCACCCUCAGUGACAACGAUGUCUACAUUCUACAAGUGGUUCACUCGGAAUGUGAAGUAACAACAGUUCGCACACGUUUACAGGUGUAUGCGGAUCUGCAUUCCACAGGAAUUAUCAAAGUUAGCAUUUUGGUUGGAGCUGUGACUGAGGUGGCUAUCCUUGGGGCCUUCAUCUAUAUUCUGUGCAUCAGAAAGAUUGGACGGGACUCUCGAGGUAUCCUAAGAAAUCCAAUUCUAGGAAGGAGGAUUCGUCAAGCCCAGAAAGAAGGUGACAACUCCACUUUGUACAUGAAUAAUGCUUUGCUUCAAGGCUGCCCUCGGCUUCCACAGGCCCAGGGCUCCUCCUCUGCUGCCUCUGAGAAUAUCUACCAGGCUCUGCACGUCACCGAAGCAGAUGUUUAUGACAAGAUCACGCCCUGUAAGAAACCUCCAGCCCUUGGAAAAGGGAAAAUCACCAAGUCCUAGACUGUAGACCUAGAAGAAAUCUCAGAGGCCAUUGAAUCCAAGCCCUUCAUUUUUAUGCAUGAGGAACCCAAGGCACAUAGCUAGAAAGUGUCUUGGGUUGGAUUUGAAUCCAGGUCUUUCUUACUCCGGAUCUAGUGCCCUAUCCUCUGUACCUCACUACCUCUAACUGGUCCCUAGAGAAGCUUUCACAGUUUGACCAGUUCCCAUCAUUAAAGGGGGGGUGGGGUUCACACUCAGCUUUCAGGGGAGAAAGCUGAGAGACCAGAGGUGAGGAGGGGCCCAUUGGAAGAGAGAGAGAGGAAAGGAUAAGGGUUGGGAAGAGGCGAGGCAUCCAGAAAGGAAAGGGGCCAGGGCUACACAUGUCUGAGCCAGAUGGAAUCCCAAUCACACAGUGGCUGGACUUUAGACAAGGGAUCCUUGCUCCAUGAACCCAACAAUAUCAACACCUCUAUAUUUUCCUCUAAAAUGCCCAUACCCUCUGAGUCAAAAACCCCUCUAUUAGUGAUCUACAUUCUGGAGGUCACAAAAAGCUCCAGAAUGUAGAUCACUAAUAGAGGGGGUUUUGACACCAAAAUAUUCAUCUCAGCCCUUUUCUGUGGUCACAAAUAACUGGGAAUGGGGGCAACUAGGUGGCAGUGGAUAGAGCACUGGCCCUGGAGCCAGGA